GGGGCGGGGGAGCCUUGGCCGUCCGGAGAGUGAGUGACGUGUCCCGGGGGGAAGGGGGGGGGGCGCGCCGCUGCUCCAGCCGCACUUCGCUCGUGAAUGGCCGGAGGGGGCGGGCGGGAGCGCGCUCCCUCCCGCCGUGAUUGGCCGCUGCUUCGCGUCAAUCAACUGCUUGUUACCCCGGGAGGGCCUGUUCGGGACGGCGGAGGCGGGGCCGUCCCGCCCCCCCCCGCGUCCCCGGGACCGCCGCGGGUUCCGCGGGGACGCCCCGGUUUCCUGCCCGAGAACAAUGGCGGCUCCGUCACCUCCGGGGCGGCCCCGGGCGCCGCAGAGGGGCGGGGAGGGGGCCGGGCCCUCGCCCGUGUCCCGCUCGCCCUCGUUCCGAGGUGUCUGAGCCCCCGUGAGGCUGCGGAGCUGCGCUGGGAGUAAUGCUCUGGCCGCAUGGUUUCUCCCCGACUGAGUGGCGUUCGUGAUGCCAGGAGAGUGCGUUCGCCAGUGGCUCAGAGCGCGGCUUUCCGCUCCCGCUGUUUGCAGCACGGGGCGGGAGCGCGGUUUCCUGGGAUUGCCGCGAACUGAGGCUGCCGAGGCGGGCAGCUCCAGCCAGCCCCGAGCGCGGCACGGCCGCCCCGAUGGCUCUCUGAGCCCCGAGCGGGCAGCGCGCUCCCGACGCCGGUGCUGAGCAUCCCCGGCUUUGCAGCAGCUCCCGCUCCGUGUCUCACAUACCAAACACGCCCGUGCCGGGCCGCGCUCGGCGGCGCUCUGCGGGAUCCCAGCCCGCAGCCAGGGCUCCUCCCGCACAACAGCGCCGGGCCCGGAGCUGCUACCGGGCCGGAAUGGCGGGGUGCAGUGCUAGAACCGAAGUUUUCUCAACGCCGAACUUCAGUCGGCAAUUGUUUUAUGCUGUUGAGACAGACUGUUCUUACUGGAAGAUGCCCACCCACCAGAUUCUGAUGGGUUAAACUGAUGACAUCAGUCAAGUGCCAAAGCUUAAAGCAUAAAACUUCUGCAUUUCAGCCACUGAAAAUUAUUGACUCUUCUUUCUCAGCCUUCCUGGAUGUGGAAUCUGCUAGAUUCUGAAGGACCUGGAUGAUUACUAUGAAAAAUUUAAACGGGAGACAGAUGCUGUGCAGAAGAGAAGAAUGUUGCACUGCAUACAGAGAGCCUUGAUUCGAAGUCAGGAACUGGGGGACGAGAAGAUCCAAAUCGUCAGUCAGAUGGUGGAGCUCGUUGAGAACAGAACAAGGCAAGUGGACAGCCACGUGGAACUGUUUGAGACUUGUCAAGAGACUAAUGACACCACUGGAAACAGCGGGAAAGCCAGCCAGGAUAAGUCAAAGAGUGAGACAAUCGCACAGGCUGAAAAGCCCAACAACAAGAGAUCAAGGAGACAAAGGAAUAAUGAGAAUCGAGAAAAUGCCUCCAAUAACCAUGAUCAUGAUGACAUCACCUCAGGAACACCAAAGGAGAAGAAAGCAAAAACAUCCAAGAAGAAGAAACGAUCCAAGGCUAAAGCAGAGCGGGAAGCUUCUCCCCCUGACCUUCCUAUUGACCCUAAUGAGCCAACAUACUGCUUGUGCAACCAAGUCUCCUAUGGAGAAAUGAUAGGAUGUGAUAAUGAUGAGUGCCCCAUUGAAUGGUUUCACUUCUCUUGUGUGGGACUCAACCAUAAACCAAAGGGCAAAUGGUACUGCCCCAAAUGUAGAGGAGAAAAUGAGAAAACUAUGGACAAGGCAUUGGAGAAAUCUAAAAAAGAAAGGGCGUACAAUAGGUAGUUUGUAGACUUUUCAUAGUGAAGGAAAAAACCCACCAAACCAAUGUAUUUAUUGUCAGUGUCACCUUUGUUGAGGUGAAAGGAUUGUAAAAUGUAUAUUUUUAAAGGAGGUUUAAAACUGAACCAUUCCUGUUACAGGGACGGCAAUAAGAAAUUUUGGUUUUCAUUUGGUAAGCUGUAACAAGAAUGUGGUCUGUGGACGAACGUAUUCCAAAAGUAAAAUUAUAAGAAUAUUUGGAUGUUUGUUAAAAGAUAAAUGAAUAAUUUUCUUUAUUUCUUUUCUUCUUUUUUAAUUUCUUUUUUUUUUAGUGCUGGUAGCACUCUACCCAUUAAAAUUUUGACAAGUAUCUCUGAAAUGUAAUUUUGUUUUCUUUAAUGAAAAAUGUUAUUUACCUUUUGAGCAAAAUUAUUAAAUAGUUUAACCACCUGGCUGUAUCUGAAUAAAGCUGCAAUACACUGCAAAUGUAACUUCUUUUGGUGAUAAGCAAGAGCAAAGAAAAGGAGGGUAAAAUUUGGUUCCUGCUACAAAGUGUCAGUAUAACAGUUCAAUAGCAAAUGUUUAAAUAGGCUUAGAGGAUUAUUUUUUAAAACAAAAAGUUAAUGGUUAAAUUUUAAACAACAAAUAUUUUAUAUGCUGGCCGGGUACCACAAAGGCCAUUUUAAAAUGAUUGAAUAUGUUUUAUAUUUAACCAGGAAGUGGUUUAGUAAUGAGACAUAACAUAAAUGAAGCUUUAUACUGUCACAGAUAGUGGUGUAGCAAUCCUUAAUUUGUUUAAGUUGUAUAAAUGUACAUUUUAAGUGGAGUUGCACUUACUGUAUUAUACUUGGAAAUGCAGCCAAAUGCCAUUGUGUAACCAAUGUGCAUUUCCUGCUGUAUGUAUGAAAAUUGUACAGAUGUGAUAUUAAGAAAUAAAUGAAAUGACUUUGA